CUUUGUGGCUCCAGAAACAAGAUGGCUCCCGUAAUAGAGAAGAGGACUCUUGGCGCCGCCGGGGCUUCCGACGCCCGGGACAAUAACACGGAGGACGACGAAGGACAGAACCUAUGGCAAUCAAUCCUCAGUGAAGUGUCCACUCGCUCCAGUUCCAAGUUACCAUCUGGGAAGAACAUUCUGGUUUUUGGAGAAGAUGGUUCAGGGAAGACAACUCUUAUGGCGAAACUGCAAGGAGCAGAACACAAUAAAAAAGGGAGGGGACUUGAGUAUUUGUACUUAAAUGUCCAUGAUGAAGACAGAGACGAUCUGACGCGGUGCAAUGUUUGGAUCCUGGAUGGUGACCUGCACCACAAAGGCCUGCUGAAAUUUGCUGUGUCAACUGAGUCGCUGAAGAACACCCUGGCGAUGUUUGUGGCCGACAUGUCUCGGCCCUGGACCGUCAUGGAGUCCCUUCAGAAGUGGGCCAGUGUCCUGCGUGACCAGAUUGACAAACUGAAGAUUCCACCAGAGGAGUUGAAGGAGAUGGAGCAGAAAUUGGUGAGAGACUUCCAGGAGUACACGGAGCCAGAGGAGGCCACUCCUGGCUCUCCACAAAGGCGGGUAACUGCUAACGGGCCUGAGGAUGAGGGUGUGCUGCUGCCGCUGGGGGAGAACAUACUAACACACAAUCUGGGUGUUCCAGUUCUUGUUGUUUGCACAAAGUGUGACAGUGUGAGUGUUCUGGAGAAGGAGCAUGACUACAGAGAGGAGCACUUUGACUUCAUCCAGUCCCACAUCCGACGCUUCUGCUUACGCUAUGGAGCGGCCUUGAUUUAUACUUCCGUUAAAGAGGAGAAGAACCUCGACCUUCUGUAUAAAUACAUUGUACACAAAAUGUAUGACUUCCAGUUUACCACACCUGCCUUAGUGGUGGAGAAGGAUGCCGUUUUCAUUCCAUCUGGUUGGGACAACGAGAAGAAAAUCGCAAUCCUGCAUGAAAAUUUCAACAUGGUUAAAGCAGAGGAUCCCUUUGAAGACUUUAUUACAAAGCCUCCAGUCAGAAAGCUGGUUCAUGAAAAAGAGGUGAAUGCAGAAGAUGAUCAGGUUUUCCUCAUGAAGCAACAGUCAUUGUUAGCAAAGCAGUCAACCACACCAGCAAGAGGAACAGAGUCUCCAGCACGCACCGUGUCUGGCUCCCCUCGGCCGGCAGGUCGCACCGGACCUGCCAAUGUUGCCAGCGUCUCACCCAUGACUGCUGUAAAGAAACCUGACCCAAACAUGAAAGGGGCUGCUGCAAAUGAGGGUGUCCUGGCCAACUUCUUCAACAGCCUUUUGAGUAAAAAGACAGGUUCUCCUGGAAGCCCUGCUGCUGGUGGAGCUGCGAUGCAGAGCUCUACAAAAAAAGCAGGGCAGAAGCCAGUUUUGACUGAUGUCCAGGCAGAGCUUGACAGGAUGACUCGCAAACCAGACUCCAUGGUAGCCGCUAACAACACAUCAGCAACGGAGAACGAGGCAUGAACACACCAUUGUCCAUUGGAAAAAGGAAAACACUUAAAUUUCUGCUUUUAAAAAAAUGACCAAAUUCCCAAUGCAUAUGAUUGAGAAAUAGACAGUGAUGUCUGUCAGGAGAUACUGCCAUCAGGUGUAUCUUUGACUUGAUGGAAAGGGGAAAGUGAAAAGGAAGCAUAGAGUGAGGAAUGUCGCAAGGGUGUCUUGGGUUUUUGCUAGGUGUGUCUGGAUUGCUCAUCCCUUGAGCAGCGGCUUCAAAGCCCUAGUCUCUGUGUGAGUGUUGCUCUGAAAGAAUGCCAACACCUCCUUUCAUACCAAUGGACCAGAAAUGUGCUCUGCUAUUGGGAAUAAAGGCACUUUUUAAAUCGAUAAUCGUGUCUGAGUAAAGCAAAUUGACAUUUAUGAUACUGAUAGUCUAUUUGGGUUUCCCCCCCCGGAAAUGUUAAUUAAAAUGUCUCUUAUGGCUGUAUAUGCCUAACUCUGGCCUUCCCCCCAUGCAGCAAAUAUUUGUAAGGCGGUAUCUAGCUACUUGACAGACGUUGACCUUCGUUGACAUAACACUAAUUUGAUGAACAGAUUGGCUUAUAGCAUUUAAGUGACAUGCCAAGUUCAAACUGCUGAAUAUCAACAGCAUAUUUGUAAGGAUUCUGUAAAUAUAAGAAAAAUAUUGCAUUCUACAGUAAUGCUGUAUUAAAUGCAGUUAUUUUUAACAUGAGAACAGUUUCAGAUAGAAAGCACUGCCUGAUUUUGAUAAGUUUAGGUUGUAUUUAAAUAAAUUCUUUUGGCUACAUGUGUUGAAUGGGGGGCCUUACUUGCUAUAACUUCAAGUGCCUGGCACAGGGUAUUGUACUGUGUCACAGCAAAGGUGCUUGUCUGCAAAGGAAAUUUAUAGUAGUACAAUUUUUGCCAGUGCUGUUUUUCAAAUAAUUUAUACAGGGUUUUGUACUACAAGUCUUUGCUUAUUGUUUCUAAAGAUUUUGCUUAUUGCCAAUGUUUGGAAGUAAUUGUUAAAAUGCUUUGGCAGUAGGCAGUUGCCUUUUAAAAAAAAAAAAAAGACGCAGAGUGACCGGAAAUGGUUUUUUUUUUUUUUUCUUUUUAUUUAAUUUUUAUUUUUAUAAACUAUGUUCCAUAAUGGUAGCACUGUGUCCCACAGUGAACACUUAGUUCUUGAACAAACUCAUACAUCAAUUAACAAUUUGUGGCCAAAUUAGUGUUGGAUCAGCUUAAUAGAAUAAUUGUGCUGAAAUAAUCAACAGGAAAAAGCAAGAGGUCACUAAAUUCCAGUUUUCAGUACAAAACUAGAGCAAUGUUAAACAUUCCCUUGGGCUACAUGAUACACUUAAUGGAGGAAGCAAUGAUUAUCCCUCUGGAAUGUCACUCAUAGUUUUUUUUUUUUUUUUUUUUUGAAUUGUCAAACGUACAUGUUUUAUUUCAGUGAGUCCUCUGCAUUUGGUUUAGAGGUCACCUGUUUGUCCUCUCUCUUUUUAUUCUUGAAAGUACUGAUCGCUGUUUAGGUAUUGGCCUUGCACAACAUCUGACUGUGGAAUUUUUUUUUAAAAAAUAUGUAUUUCUUUGUAACUAAGUUGUCAUUAUUGCACCUAUUGUCACUGUAUCAAUCAGCCAAUCUGUCAUUUUGAAGUGAUUGAAAGAAUACUGUAAUCAGAGCAUAAAUGCAUGAAGAUGGAAAAUUGGAACCUGGAACCAAAGAGUCACAUCUCACUAUAGAGUAUUUUGUCCUACUGUUUUGCUGUUAAAUCAGGACUUGAUUAUACCUGAAGUAUGUCAUUCUAGAACUCAGUCUGUGGUCACUGAAUAGGCAUAUUAAGUCUGGAAAUGUUUAAAUCUCUAAUUUUGCUCUGUAACGGAAAGCCGUGAUGAAUUGCAUGUGUAGUUUCUUUUGCUUGAGCAAGAUGUAGUAAGAAAGGUGGGGAGAUGAAUUUCUGAAGCACUCAUAGGAAAAAUUACCUUAAAACCAUUAAAUAAGGCAUAAUGAACAGUAAGUGUUUUGAGCACAUAAUACCCCAACAUGUAAAGAUUUUAAAGAAUAAAAAUGCUGUGUAAAACUGAGGCAGGUGUCUUUGCAGAAUGUCAUGUUGCAGCCUAGCUUUUUGGAGUUAUUUCGAAGGAAAUAUUGCAAACAUUUUCUCACAUAUUAAGAAUUUUAGGCCUACCAAAAAGUUUUUCUUAAACAUUUUAGAGGCCUGACCGUCCUUUGCAGCGAUGCUUUGAUACUGAUAAAUGGAGGCUUCCAGUUUGGCAUCUUUUCACUAGUCCAUUGCUUUCUGCUGCAUCUUUGUCUGCAAAAUUGUCACCACAACUUGUCUGCAAGAGUUAAAACCCAUUGUGUGUGUAUGUAUGCCUUAUACUCACAACCUCAACCCUGUUUAGUUAAAUCAAGGUUAUCUGCUGGGCGGUAACAUUAUAUAGCAACCCCUAAGCCCUGUAGUUGGUUUUUGUUACUUGGUAUUUUAAACUGCAUAUGCUUUCCAAUUACAGUUUGGGAUUUAGAUGGAAAGGAAACAGAGUACUGGUAAUAAAUCUGUAUGUUUGACUACAAUAUCAAUAAAUCUUUCAUGCUGCUUAAA